GUUAACAUAUAAGUGGAGAAAAGAAAUCAAAUUAAAAUGAGAAAGACAAAGGCUAAAAUUUUGUUCCUUUGGGCAUUUUUUGCAUUGUGCAUCAGAUUCAACGUUGAAGCAAAGCCAUCAUCAACGCUAGAAACAGAAAUUGAAGCCAAAUUGAGGCAACUCAACAAGCCCGCUGUGAAAACCAUCAAGAGUGAAGAUGGAGACAUUAUUGAUUGCGUCAACAUCUACGAUCAACCAGCUUUCGAUCAUCCAGCUUUAAAAAAUCACACUAUCAAGAUGAUGCCUGAUUCAAGCACAGAAGAUGAUUCAGAGUUAGAGCUAUUUCAGACAUGGCAAAGGAGUGGAAGUUGUCCAAAAGGAACCAUUCCGAUACGCAGAAUCUUAAGAGAAGACUUACUCAGAGCUGAUUCUCUUCAUACCUUUGGCCGGAAAUUUUCUCCGCAUUUUCAGAAUUUAACAGCAAACCAAAGAAAGAAUUUUAUUCCACAAAAUCGUUCGUCAGCAUAUCUUGUGACGAUGGGAUACAAUUAUAUCGGUGCACAAGCAGACAUCAAUGUUUGGAAUCCAAGGGUUCCUGAGGCAGGCGAGUUCACCACUGCUCAAAUAUGGCUUAAAAACAAUAACAAUCCCUAUUUUGAAAGCGUGGAAUCAGGGUGGAUGGUGAAUCCAAAGCUAUAUCGAGAUGGGGCAACGAGGUUUUUUGCCUAUUGGACAAGGGAUUCAUAUAGGUCAACAGGGUGCUUUGAUCUUACUUGUUCAGGAUUUGUGCAAACAGGGCAGGUAGUGCUUGGUGGUGCAGUAAACCCUAUAUCAUCACGUUGGGGGAAACAGUAUGCGAUUAACGUUGGAAUGUUCCUGGAUGCACACACAGGGAAUUGGUAUCUGAAAUUGAACAAGAACAUCGCCGUGGGUUAUUGGCCCGCUGAGAUAUUGAGUUCUUUGAGGCACAGUGCGAUAUUGGUGGAAUGGGGAGGACAGGUGGCAAGUGGCAACAUAAAAAAGAACACCCCUCACACGAGAACACAGAUGGGUAGUGGAGAGUUUGCAGAUGGUCGAUUUAGGGAUGCGUGUUUUAUGAGGAACAUAAGGAUCAUGGAUUAUUCUCUUCAACUCAAGUAUCCUAGUUAUGUAAGUGCAAUGGCUGAUGAACCCUAUUGUUACAGUGCUUUGAAUGAAGCCAAAUAUGGGGCUGAGCCUGUCUUUUACUUUGGAGGCCCUGGACGAAGGCCACCCUAUUGUUCCUGAGAUCCAUUUUCAAUAAACAUAU